AUGGCCGAACGGCGCCGGGUCCGGCGGGCUCAGGGCGCAGCUGCAGCCCGGGCGCCGCCGCGGAGAGCACGGCGGAGCAGUCGCGCCAUGCAGGGAGCCGGACUGGAGCCGCCCCUCGCCGGGGCCUUGGAGCGGGGCCGAGAGGGCGUCUCCGCGCGGCGCUCCUCCCGCUGCCCGACCCGCCCAGCCCAGCCCAGCCCAGCCCCUACAAGGAAGGCUCGGCGUGGCCUCCCGACCAGAGCCCCGCCACAGCUUUGCCAGGCCGGUGCCAGCGGCAUCUCCACCGGGGAGCUCCUGGCCGCCGCCGGGCUUGCUCGGCGCUUUCCUGGUGUAAAUCCCUGGAAAGAGAAGAUGGCCCAGAGGAGCCCAAACUUCUCCACCCUCGGACCAACUGAAAGACGGAUCCGGAACUUCCCGCUGCACAGCCAGGCCCUGACAGCGGUUCCGCUGGGCUCAGCCCGCCUGAUGGACCAGCUGGAGGACCGAAUCCUCAGCCAUGAGAAGACCACGGCGGCCCUGGUGGAGCACGCCUUCCGCAUCAAGGAGGACAUCGUCUCCACGCUGCACCGGAUGCAGAACAAGGGUGGCGGGGACCGGCUAGCCAGGCAGCUGCUGGAGGAGCAUAUCCGCAACAUCACCGCCAUCGUCCGGCAGCUGAAUCGGGACAUCGAGGCUCUGCAGGAGCAGAUCCGGGUCAGGGAUAACCUGAGUUACGGAACAAACUCGACCUUGAAGAGCCUGGAGAUGCGGCAGCUGUCUGGGCUGGGGGACCUUCGUGGACGGGUUUCCAGGUGCGACGCAGGGCUGGCCAGAGUCUCCGCUGAGCAUAAAGUCACCUACGAGAGACUUCAGAGCCUCAGUAAAGAGCAGCAAGCAACAAAAUUGGUCCUGGAGUCCAAAGUCAAAGAGACAGAAAUACAAAUUUCCCAUCUUUUGAGCAGAAUCGAACAAUCUGUGAUGCAACAAGACGCAAAGCUCAAGCUGGCCUACAAAGAGAGCAAUCAGCAGCUCCAUCUUCUGGAGGCCAAGCUGCAGGACGCCAUCGACCACCUCACCAGCCAGAUCUCCUCUGCCCGCAGCCAGAUGGAGCAGGAGCAGGGGCGCUUCGAGAAGAAGUUCCUGGAGAAGAUAGACCACCUUUUCCUUGCCGUCAAGGAGAAAAGUGAAGUGGACAGCAGGGCUCUGGAGAUGCAACUGAGCGAGAUCCACAGGAAGCUGCAGAAAAUGGAAGCCGGGCAGAAAUGUUCAACCCAGGAACCGGAGGCCAAGCAGGCCGAGGACAGGAUGAGUGUCCAGCUCAGCAAACUCCAGUCCGAUUUCACUGAGGACAUCAAGGAAGUCAAGGCAGAGGUUAGCGCUGGACUCAGCACCAUCUAUGAGAGCAUCGGAUCCCUGCAGCAGGUCCUGGAAUCGAAAAUGAAACUGGACAAGGAGGAGCUGCAGAAGCAGAUCCAGCAGAUGAAGUGA